AUUGGUGUAGAGUCAUAGCAACGCAGUUCCAACAACUUUUGCUUAAUCCAGUUUUCGGUGUGCUUGCCUUCGAAUCUGUGAUGUUCUAGUUACGUUGUUUUCUUUUUGCUAAAUAGUAAACAACACAACACAUCGCUCCACAUUGGACCGAGCGCAACAGAAGUGGCACACGAAUUAAACGCGCAUGCGCAUUGGAUCCGCUCUUUGCUGUGAAAGAAAAAUGGCCGUAGCGAUGCAGAUGGAAGAUUUCCCCUACUUACCUUCUGGGCCAGCGGAGGUCAACAAGAUGAUCAAGGAACACAGUGACCUGUUUUCUGACUCCCAGUGUAAAGUCUGCAGCGCUGUUCUCAUUUCGGAGUCCCAGAAGUUGACCCACUACCAGAGUAAGAAGCAUGCCAACAAGGUGCGGCGUUACCUUUGCAUCCAAAAUGACAAGGAGCCCUCCUUGAAGAAGUUCAAGCCUGAAUCAUCUGUACCUGACAGCGCCUGUAACAAUGGAGAAGCAGAGCGAUAUAAAUUGUGUAACCUGUGUAACAUGACCUUCUCCUCGGCGGUGAUGGCCCAGUCCCAUUACCAGGGGAAGGUGCACGCCAAGAACCUCCGGCUGAAGACAGUGGGCCCUCAAACAGCAGCGCCCCAGGCCACCGCGACAGCCCCCCAGCCCAAGAAGAGCCCAUCCGCCGCCGCCACCGAGCCCAGGGGCGCGGGGGCUGCGGCGGGGACGGCGGGGACGGGGGACCCGGACCGCUUCUGCUCCAUCUGCGAGGCGUCCUUCAACAACCCCCUGAUGGCGCAGCAGCACUACGCCGGCAAGAAGCAUAAAAAGCAGCUGACCAAGCAGAAGCUGAUGGAGACGUACGGGCCCUCAACGUCGCCAGGUCAGGCCGGCUGCGCUCGCCACGCCUCCACGGUGAAGGGCUACUCCUGCACCCUCUGCAACAUCGACCUGAACUCGGUGGAACAGUACCAGGCCCAUAUCAGUGGCGCCAAACAUAAGAACCAAAUGAAAAAAUCUGGCAUGGGCUCCACAGAAAACCAGCAUAAAACGACACAGAACCAGUUCCCCGCUGGCGACUACCUGGCGGCCGACGGGGCCAACCAGUUUUCCACCGGAGACUACCAGUCCGUCGACAUGGGCGACCAGUUCAGCACGGGCGACUACCAGUCGGUUGCCCCUGGCAACGAGUACUCUGGCGGGUCGGACCCCUACAUUGCCACGGAACACCAGUACAUGUCGGAGGGAAACCAGUAUUCAACUGGCAUACCGGAAUGCCAGUACACCUGAGACUGCGAACCGGAGGCCCCCCACCCCCCGAAGCUUCAGCCAGGAGAGAGACAGCGACAGACCCCCUUUUAGGAUCGAAUCCCACUACUAAACCAUCAGUUGACGACACCACCACCUGGUCCCUUUUGAACCCCCUGUAUUCAUUUCUUUUGGGUUGUUCCAAAAAAAAAAAAAAGUUCAUGUCAUGUAUUUGGUUGGCCUUCCAAACAUUUUUGGAUCGUAAAAAAAGGAAACUAACAAAAACUGUCUUAGGCCGUGUUCACAUUUAGCGUAUUUUGUAAUAGGGAAAAGUUGAGCCGACCGCUUUAAAAAAUUAAGAAAAAGAAACUGUCAGCGUUUUUUGUCCAAAAAGCGCCAAGAGCGUUUUUCUAUUGCCUAGCAACGAACCCAUUCUGGACCCGACGUUACUCGCCUACUACGUAUCCAGGCUAAAGCCCAUUAGACAUGUCGUAGAUAUCGACGUGUUCUGUAAUUCAAAUUCUGUAAUGUUCUCUUAAUCGUUCCACCGGCACUUUCCCGAGUGAUUUGUCUGCCAUUGUUUCUUGUUUUGACAGUUGAGAGUUUCCUUCCUGACGAAGUGUCAAUGUUCCGCUUGGGAUUGGUCAGUUGUCAUGCAUGCAUGAUAUCCAAUUUUUUAACCCCCCCCUGCCCUCCUUAUACCACCGCUCAAAACAAACCCAAAUUAUUUACCAUGUUGUCUGAGGUCCUUUUAUUUCUUCAUGAGCUUCUGAAAGCCAUCGCCCCAAACUCAACGUCGAGGCCCCAGCAGUGGGAAGGGGCAGGCUAGCAGUAGCAGCAGCUAAACAGAGAACUACAGCUAGGGCUUAAACACUCCAACUUAUUCCAGACUGCAUUACCAAGCUGACUCUUACAGUUGAACAACCUCAACAAAGCAAUGCUAAAGAUGUCCACUGGGUAAUGGUUGCGACGUGUGGUCUCCCUUCUGUGUUUGGUCUACGGCAGCCCUGACAGGAUCCGCUAUAGGGCGGCUAACUGGACGUCCACCUGGUCGACGUGCUGACGGUCUCUCUCCGUUUGAAUAUCCCUUUAAGUAGUAGUUACGUCCUUGUAAUACUCUAUGUAUAUUGUUAUUUACUUUCGAAAAAAAAAAUCUAAAUUCAGUAUGGUUUAUUGUUAGAAUGUAAUUGGUAGACUACAAGUGGCCUACAGGUCCAGAUACCUUCAGGAGAUAACCUGGCCACGGGCUUCCUUGACCAACGGCCCCAGCCAGGCCUAACCCUGGAAAGGACCUUGACCAGGAAGACCAGUUGAAAUCCCACUGACAUUGUGACUGAGGCAGAGAAAUAUACUAACCAGGUUUGUGUCCAUGUGUGGUAUCUCCAUUUCAGUGUGUCCUGAUAGAGCAGGGUAACUAUACUUUUUUUUUAGAGUUGAGUCUGUAAUUCUUGGGGUCAUAAGGUCAAUACCAGGUUACACUAAUUUAUACGUUUUUAGAUUCUCGGUUGGAUUUUAGCCUUGGUUUCAUAAUCAGUGUCUUGUCAUUUCGUUGUGGGUGGUCAAAACGUGUUUUGAAACUAGGAAAAUGUGAUAUUGGAAUCACAUCACCCCUAUGAUUUUGUGUUUUGACUAAAUAUUAACUUUUACUUGCUUAAAGGAAAAGUAAACUAGACGUGUGUUAUUAGCUGCUGAAACACUAAGAUGUCGGUUUGACCACAUCAGGUCAGAUGGCCACUCCUUGUUUUGUACCGACUGCUCCAUUAGGCUAUUGACUUGGCAAGUGUUAUAAGUGAAAUUGAAGCUAACCUAACACAUUGGCCGGUUUGGAUAAGGCUGUUACAGUCCAUAUGCUUUUUAUUUUAUUUUUUAUUGCUUGUUAUAUAUUUGAACUGACUCUUCUUACACUUAUAUUAAAACUUCAUACCGUUUAGAUUUGCGGUAAAAGCAUUUUUCUUUUCUCAAACGGACAACCCAAGUUGUACACUUGGAAUUUUUAUUUGAAUUAAUUUAAUAUAAAUGUGAAUUAUUUUGCAACAGGAACAGCUGUUAAUAAAUUGCAGGUUUUGCAUUUGGAACAGAUGCAAAGCUAUACUUUUAUUUUGUUACCUGCACUGUAGGCUAUAGCCUCUCUGCAGAUACUAUAGCCUCCAGCCCACAGUGACUUCUUUCAGACUGGAUCAAAGCUUCGUGGGUGUGUUUCAAAUGUGUCUGGAGCAGACAAAUUACAGCAGUCAAUCCGUUGUGUUCUUCUCUGCCUCACAGGGUCUGGCAAAAAGUGUGUGUGAGCACGUAGUGAUCCCGAAAGACUAUUGGACAUGUUUAUAUUGAACCUCCUGACCAAUCAUUCAUAACGGUACACAAUUAUUUCACUAAGUGGGCGUGGCCUAUCAGCGUUUACGCUGGACAAUGGAAAGCGUUCCUGUCCCGGGUCACACUUGUUAGUCUGUGACCUGGUGAAGAAAACCUUGUCUGCCCCUCAUUGAAUAUCAAGACUAAAAAGCCUUCAUCUUGUGUACCUCGGCCAUAGCAGUGUGUUAUUUGCUUUAGCCACGUGAAUAUGCGAGUAGCGGGUCGUAGCUGUUCGUAUAACAGUUGAUGUCAUGACGCCGGACGUUUGAUUCUACAUUUUAUAGGAGCUUACUUCGCUGCUGCCCAGUAUUUAUGUGCAAUCUUAAUAGAGUACACCGUUUUAUUCCGUAACCUGAAAUCUUUUUCUUAUAUUUUAAUUUGUUUAAUUGAAAAGUUGUGAAGGGUGAUGCAUUGUGGGGUGGGUGAUGGAAGGGCCCCAGAUGCAGUUCAUCGUCUUGAACUUUUUUAAGUUGUCGGGGAAAGGUUUUAGUACUUUUUCUGAACGGUUCCAUCUACUCCUGUGAUCAAGAGAAGCAGAAUCUGGUCCUGGUGAUGGGACGAGUGCUCAUCAACACGCACGCACACACACACACACACACACACACACACACACACACACACACACACACACACACACACACACACACACACACACACACACACACACACACACACACACACACACACACACACACACCAAUAUUGUAAAUGAUACCUGCAAAAUAACAUUGCUUUUAAAAACCUCCUUGUUGCGUGUAGCUGUUGUGUUGUAAAUUAUAAGAUUUAUUUUCCAGACAAACUAUAUAUUCAAUAAGUGCUACCAAGUUGUGCAUCUAGUAAAGGACAUGUUUGAAUUUGAUUGUGUGCUUCAGAAGGUUCUUUGUAGGACGUAAGAUGCGGACAUAUGGUGUAGGGGAAGGGGAACUGAGGAAUCUUUUGAGACGAUUGCUGUUUUUCUGGAGAGUAAUAGUUGGACUUCUAUUUAUGUACAGGUAUAUGAGCUUUCGAAUUCAUAUUUUGAAUGCCAUUAGGUAUUGCCCUAUUAAUUCUGAAUAAAUAAAUCGUGUAGAGUACAAAUACAA